AUGGGAAAGGACAUCUGGGGAGUGUGCCUCCAACUCUGCUUUAUUGCCAUUGUGUUCUCCAGAAGAGGGGAAGGAAGAGAAUUUCCUGGGAACCUGAUCUGCCUGAAUAACUACCUCUACCGAGUAGACUGUACGUGGGAGACAGAUGGGAGAGUGGGGGAUGGACCCUUUCACGUGCAUUUCACAAACUCGGAUGAGAAUUACACCUGCACACUGACUGCCAGAGACAAGCUGCACAGCCAGCAUCACUGCACAAUUAACAUGAUGGAGAGGUUCACGCAGCACGACAGUUACAGCAUCUUGCUACAAGGUGGUUUCUUUGGGAGGAAUCGCACAUACGUUGCUUUCCAGGACUAUGAACCCAGUCUGAACAUUAAGUGUGAUCCCCCCUUCAACCUGCAGAGCAACAUCAGUGCCAGUAAGUGCCAGCUCCGGUGGAGUGUGCCAGGGCCUCUAGAGCCCAUUCUUCAGUAUGAAUUGGAGUAUAAGGAACACAACACAUCCUGGGAGCAGGCACAUCACAAACAGCUGUUCAAUGCAAUGACAAAGGUAGAAAUCGAGGCCAUGGAGUUUGAAGCAGGCAUCACUUAUACUGCGAGAGUUCGCUGCAAAACUUCCCAAGUAGAGGAUGGUUAUAAAAGUCAGUGGAGUGAGUGGAGCCAGACAACUGAAUUUCAAAGAGCAGCCCCCCCAGUUUUUUUACAGGUGCCCAAAAAGUUCUUUCACAGAAGCAUGAUACAGAUUUUAUUCAUUCCUCUAUGUCUUGGUGUCAUACUCUACAUAAUUUUGAACUUCAAGCUUUCCUCAAGGGCAAAGAACAUCUUCUGCCUGAACGUUCCCACACCAGCUGCUUUCUUCCAGCCUCUCUACACCUUGCACAAUGGGAAUUUUAAGGACUGGAUUGGACCUAAUGAGACAUGUGGCCAGCUCAGAAGAGAUGAGGCUAACAACCCAAGCAAAGUGACUGGGGAUGGAGUUCCUGGUCUAAGUGCUCAUGAUAUCAUUUCCCAGCUCUCCUUCAAGUCACUGGCAAAGACCGAAAUGAUUCCUCAGGAGGACCUUUGUGGCCCUGCCUCCAGGCCCGACCAGCAGUACCUCUGGAGCAGGUAUGUGAGUGCGGAAGAGGUGGAAGCGAGGCUGCCAUCAUUGUUCCUACAAAACCACGCUGAUGAUGCAGGUGCCCUGGACUUCUCUGAAACAAGCAAAACCAACCUUGGCAGCCCAGAUGUGAGUGGGAACCAUCCCCCAUAUUUACGGGAUGGUCAGGGUGACUCCUUUAUGCCACAGGAGUCUCUGGAGCUGGAAAGUUUGUCCUUCUGUAGUAAUGACUAUUGCACCUUGUGUGGCAGUGACUCCACAGGUGGCCCAAUUCCUGCUGAACUGCUACAGCUCACCGAGACGGACAGUCAGGUCAAGCAUUAG